AUGCCACAAACAGACCAUGACAAUCCUUCAAGUACCACCGUCGAGAAGGAUUUCGCUCUCCCGAAACCUGCGAUCCCCCAUAUCCCACACGAGUCUCUGCUCCAACCCCCAAUCUCCUCUCUCGGUCGCGCUCUUCAGUCCAUACAUAUGGGCAGUCAGGGACAAGAUGCAAUGGGCCAUACCCUUAGUGAUACACCAUUGGGUAGCGCACCUUCGACAGCACCAGGAAGUCCAAGAUUGCCACCAGUCAGACAAAAUUCAGGCUCUGCUACCCCGAGAAGCAGACCUCCUGCAACCACCUUGAACAUUCCCGGCAUGACGAGAUCGCGAGUCUCCCCUGACGGCAAGAUCGCCCAGCGAGAUGUUGGAGCAAAGUUGGUUGUAAUCAUGGUUGGCUUGCCCGCGAGAGGAAAGUCCUAUAUCACGAAGAAGAUUCAACGCUACCUCUCCUGGCAACAGCAUGAGUGUCGCAUCUUCAACGUUGGCAAUCGCAGACGAGUUGCAGCAGGCACUUCUACUGGCCCCACUGCAGCACCUCCGCAAUCACCCCCAAGAAGCACAAUGUUGCUAGCUCGAUCAGUCUCUGGCGUCAUUGAUGGUCCUACACAGGCUGCUCAUAUCCUAUUGAACGGCGUUGAUCCCCUUGAAGAGCAAAACAGGUUGGCGAAGCUUCCAAGUGCCGAUACCAUGAAACAGUCCGCGGAAUUCUUCGAUCCUCAUAACGAGAAAGCCUCUAAGAUACGUGAGCAAGUAGCAAUGUCUACUCUGGAUGAGGUUCUCAACUUCCUCUUGAACCAGGGUGGAUCUGUCGGUAUCCUGGACGCAACGAACAGCACACUGGAUCGCCGAAAGCUCUUGUUCAAGCACAUCAAGGAGCGAGAGCCAAAGCUUGGCAUUCUAUUCAUUGAAAGUGUGUGCGAGGAUGCAAAGUUACUUGAAGCAAACAUGCACUUGAAGCUUAGGGGACCUGAUUAUAAAGGCAAAGAUCCUGAAAGCUCACUCGCUGAUUUCAAGAAGCGCGUUCAAGCGUAUGAGAGUGCCUACGUUCCACUUGGUGCUUACGAAGAGGAGAAUAAUAUGCAGUACAUCAAGAUGAUAGACGUCGGCCGAAAGAUCAUUCAUUUCCGUCUCCAAGGCUUCUUAGCUUCUGGUAUCGCAUCAUACCUCUCCACCUUUAACCUCUCUCCCAGACAAAUUUGGAUUACGCGCCACGGAGAGUCAGAGGACAACGUUGCAGGAAAGAUCGGCGGAGACUCAUGCCUCACGGAAAAUGGACAGCAUUACGGCACCGCUCUCUACAACUUUAUCAGCACCAAGCGAAAUGAGUGGGAGGCGGAUCAGAAGUCUCGAGCUAUGGAGAAUCUGACAUUGCCCUUGCAACCCGGCGACCAAACUCCACCCUAUCCUGAGCUUCUUGGGGAUUUGGACGAAAAGAACUUUUGUGUGUGGACAUCAAUGCUCCAGCGAAGCAUCCACACAGCUGAGGAUUUCAACACGGACGAUAACUAUGAUGUGAAGAAUUGGGAGAUGCUUAAUGAGCUCGAUGCCGGUGAAUUCGAGGGGCUGACGUACAAAGAGAUCGAGACAAGAUAUCCGGAGCAGUACAAAAAGCGUAAGGCGGACAAGCUCCACUACAUCUAUCCAGGCGUUGGUGGAGAAGGGUAUCUGCAGGUGAUCAGCCGUUUGAGGGAUAUGGUUCGGGAGAUUGAGCGGAUCAAGGACCACGUUCUCAUCAUCGGUCACCGUUCUGUUUGCCGUGUCCUGAUGGCUUAUUUCAUGGACCUGACCAGGGACGAUAUUGCUGACCUGGACGUUCCUCUUGGCAUGCUCUAUGUCAUCGAGCCAAAACCUUAUGGCAUCGACUUUCAUGCAUACAAGUACAACGAGGAAGCCGACUACACUUUCGACGAGAUUCCAGGCUAUAAGCCUCAGAAGGAGGCUGAAUCAAGCUACUGA